AGAGAGAGAGAGAGAGAAAGAGAGAGAGAGGAGAGGAGAGAGGGAGGGAGAGGGAUUUGCCAGCGAGCGGUCGAGCUGCCUGACAGCGGGGAGGAGGAGCUCUCUCUCUGGGUCCUGACUUCACCCCUGGGGCCGACAACCAUGGAGCUGGAAGCAUUAAUGGACAUCCUGCAAAAUGGAGAGCAGGACGCGAUACAGCAGGCCCUGCUGGACUUCAAUAAGGAGUACGCUCAGUGCUUCUUCUUCAAUGCAGAGGCACGGGAGAGGAGGAAGAGGAUGGGCGAGCUGGUGAUGAAGCUGCUGGGCCGGGAGCUGCAGCCGUCCUGCCGGCUGGCCGGGCUGGAGACGGUUCGCAUCCUGAGCCGGGACAAGCAGGCGCUGGCGCCGUUCUCGGGCCGCGGCGGCAUGGGGACGCUGGCGCGGCUGGCGGGGCUGGAGGAGGACGGGGAGAGGAGGCCGCCCGACGCCGAGGUGGCGUGCGAGGCCCUGCAGUGCCUGUGCAACACCGUGUACAACAGCCCCGCCGCCCGGGAGGCGGCCGAGCAGCUGCGGCUGCUGCGAGGCCUGGCCGCCCACCUCAAACGCGGGGCCCGGGACCGGCCCGGAGCUGGAACUGGACCGGAGGCCGGCCUCCCCGACCCCCGCUUCUACGAGCUCCGCCUCAUGUUCCUCCUGACCGCGCUGAGCGUCGACGCCCGGCUGCAGCUCGGCCGCCAGCUCCGAGGCCUGGCGCUGCUCACCGCCACGCUGGAGGCCGCGCUGGGCCUGGGGCCGGGGGCCGGGGACGGCGAGGCCGUGGUGGUGAUGAUGAGGCCGCUCAGGCGCCACGACACCGAGCGCGCCAUGGAGGUGCUGAAGAUCCUCUUCAACAUCACCUUCGACACCAACCGGAGGCAGGUGGACGAGGAGGAGGCAGCUCUCUACCGCCACCUGGCAGUUGUCCUCCGCCACUGCCUGCUGACUCACACAGAGAGCAAGGAGAGGACACAGGAGUUCCAUGGUCACACGGUCAACCUGCUGGUGAACCUGCCCCUGGCCUGCCUGGACGUGUUGCUCACCCCGAGAGUAGAGCCGGGCUCCGUGGAGUACAUGGGCCUGAACAUGGACGCCGUGGCCAUCCUGCUGGACUUCCUGGACAAGAGACUGGACCGGGGCCUGAAGCUGCGGGAAACGCUGACUCCCGUCCUAAGCCUGCUGACGGAAAGCGCCCGCUUCCACCGGGAAACCCGCAAGUUCCUCCGCUCCCGGGUGCUGCCGCCACUGCGGGACGUGAGGAACCGGCCGGAGGUGGGGGAGACUCUGCGCAACAAGCUGGUGCGUCUGAUGACCCACAUCAACACCGACGUCAAGCACUGUGCCGCCGACUUCCUCUUUGUGCUGUGCAAGGAGAACGUGUCCCGCUUUGUGAAGUACACGGGCUACGGGAACGCGGCGGGCCUACUGGCCGCUCGGGGCCUACUGGGCGGCGGACGAGGAGGAGGGGAAUAUUCCGAAGAGGAGGACACGGACACGGAGGAAUAUAAAGAGGCUAAAGCCAACAUAAACCCUGUCACAGGCCGCGUGGAGGAGAAGCUUCCGGACCCCAUGGAGGGAAUGACGGAGGAGCAGAAGGAAUACGAAGCCAUGAAGCUCAUCAGCAUGUUCGACAAAUUAUCCAGGGAACAGAUAAUCCAGCCUAUGGUGGUCGGCUGUGACGGGAAGCUCACGCCUAUAGACGAGACGGUGCAGCAAAUGGCCGAACAGAUUUCUCUGAACUCCGACUCUGAUAUCGACUGAAGCGACGAGAAGGAAAUGUAAAUAAUAAACGUGAACAGGUAUCGUUGACCUCCCAACAAUGGGCCCCAGUUAGAGUUCUGAGCCCCGGAAAACCCCUUGAAGAGUAAAACGUUCAAUUGUUAAAGAACUCAGCGCGACCCUUAGCGAUCCCCUUGUCAAGCUACAUUUUAGACUCUAGAGAUAUAGCGCAGAAACAGGCCCUUCGGCCCAUCGAGUCCGUACCGGCCAGCGAUCACCCCAUCCACACUCACACUAUCCUACACACACUAUGAUACCCACUCCCGAUGUUGGGGAAGUCCAGAACUAGGGGUCACAGUUUAAGGAUAAGAGGGAAGGCUUUUAGGACCGAGAUGCGAAAAUCUUUUUUCACACAGAGAGUGGUGAAUCUGUGGAAUUCUCUGCCACAGAAGGUAGUUGAGGCCACAGUUCAUUGGCUAUAUUUACGAGGGAGUUAGAUGUGGCCCUUGUGGCUAAAGAGUUCAGGGGGUAUGGAGAGAAGGCAGGGACGGGAUACUGAGUUGGAUGAUCAGCCAUGAUCAUAUCGAAUGGCGGUGCAGGCUCGAAGGGCUGAAUGGCCUACUCCUGCACCUAUUUUCUAUGUUUCUAUGGGUCAAUUUACAAUUUUUACCAAAGCCAGCUAACCUACAAACCCGGAGUGUGGGAGGAAAUCAGAGCACCUGGAGAAAACCCACGCAGGUCACGGGAAGAAUGUACAAACUCCGGACCGUCAGCGCCCGCAGUCAAGAUCGAACCGGGGUCUCUGGCGCUGUAAGGCAGCAACUCCACCGUGCCGCCCAGUAUAGUACCUCUUGCAUUCUUUUUCAGGAAAAUCCCUCAGCGCUUUGUAGAUAUUUUUUUAGGAGCGGCCAACAUUGUAAUGCAGAGGCUACUGGGCUAGAGAUGACUUGACCACACAAAUUCACCCAUAGAUAGUUAAAGCAUCUUUCAAGGUAGCAGUAUUUAAUAAAAUACUUUGUGGUGUUAACUACUCACCUGAUAAGAAUAUAUUCCACUAGCUUAAUGAUGGGUAACAUUGAGGCGGUGUGGUGACAUGGAAGCAUGAUUGGGUUAACCUACGAUGAGCGUUUGACGGCACUGGGCCUGGAGUUUAGAAGGAUGAGGGGACACCUCAUCGAAACUUACCGAAUAGUGAAAGGCCUGGAUAGAGUGGAUGUGGAGAAGAUGUUUCCACUAGUGGGAGAGCCUAGGACCAGAGGACCGCAGCCUCAGAAUAGAAGGACGUACCUUUAGGAAGGAGAUGAGCAGGAAUAUCUUCAGUCAGAGGGUGGUGAAUCUGUGGAAUUCAUGGCUGUGGAGGCCAAGUCAAUGGAUAUUUUUAAGGCAGAGAUACUGUAGAUAGAUUCUUGAUUAGUACAGGUGUCAGGGGUUAUGGGGAGAAGGCAGGAGAAUGGGGUUAGGUCAGCCAUGAUUGAAUGGUGGAGUAGACUUGAUGGGCUGAAUGGCCUAAAUUUGCUCCUACCACUUAAGACCUUAGUUUUUUUUUGUUUAGUUGAGUUUAUUGUCACGUGUACCGAGGUACAGUGAACUUCCUUAUUGUAUACAGUUCAGUUCAUGUGUCACUAUACACUUAGAUACAGCUUAGAUCAGCAUCAGAGAAUCAGUCAAUGGAUAUAUUUAAGGCAGAGAUUCUUGAUCAGUACGGGUGUCAGGGGUUACGGUGAGAAGGCAGGAGAAUGGGGUUGAGGG